GUACACGUUUGAUGCUUUCGCCCAGCAACACGCUAAUUGCUCAACGGGCCGUUACGACAUCUUUUGUAGCUGUCCGUGCUCCGAGGCUAACGCUCUCGCUAGAUACGCUUUCCGUGACUCACCAACGCAUCCUACCCUAGGCUGCUUAACACCAAACAACAUGACGAUUGGCCAGAAGCUCAAGGCGUUUUGGAACCAUCCUGCGGGGCCGAAGACUAUCCACUUCUGGGCGCCUACAUUCAAGUGGGGCAUUUCCCUCGCCAACAUUGCGGACAUUAACCGACCCGCUGACAAAAUUAGCCUUCCUCAACAGUGCGCCAUCACCGCCACCGGCGUCAUUUGGUCGCGCUACAGCACCCAGAUCACGCCGGUCAACUACAACCUGCUGGCGGUCAACGCCUUCAUGGCGCUCACGGGGGGAUACCAGCUGUUCAGGAAGAUCAGCUAUGACAUGGCGCAGCAGACGCCGGCCGCCACCGCCUGAACGCCGCCCUCCCUCUCGCGCACCUCCGCCGCCACGCCACGUCACGUGAUGGUGUAUGAUGGUGUAUGGUGUUUGCUCCGCCCUACCUCGGUGUCGCAUGGAGCAGAGUUGCGAGCGGCCUUGCGGACUCACGGGACUUGCACGCGCCGUGGCACACACAGUGGCACGCACAGCGCACAGGACGAUGACGGCACAUGCGGCUUGAGGUCUCAGGGGGCGUGCGCUUUGGUCGGCGAGAAGGCUGGGCUCUGAAGCAUGUGGGCUGGGUGCUGUGCGGUGCAGACAUGUCAUGUUGCUGUGGCUGGGGGGAAGCCGGGGAGGGAUAGGCGUCUGGCCGCAGAUACGCUGCAUGCUUGCCUGCUAGGAGGAGAUGAACGCUAUCCUGACGUCAUUCUGUCACGUUCCUGGUGCAAUGGUGCUCUAUACGACUGCUCUAUACGGCUGCGCUAGCAGGUCGGCCCAGCACGUGGUGGUGUUUUGAAUGACUGACAUGUAUGGACUGAACUGCAUGUUUGGAGUCAGACAGGCAGUCAGACAGUCAGACAGGCUGCAUGUGGGUAGCGGGGGCAUGCUGGCGGUGUUCUGCAACCUUACAUGCGGAGUGUCCCAGAAAGGCCAGAAUGGUACCUAGGGUGGCUCUUGACGUAUAGCGGCACCGGAGUUUAAGUCUAGACGAAGAAGGAUGUUGUUGGUGUGGGGUGCGUAACACAGGGGAUCCGCAAUGGGGUUGCGAGGUAAGGACGAGGGAGGGAUGUGGGAGGCCAGGCGACGUUUUUGGAGUCAGGGUGCUACGUGGGUGGAUUCCUACGUGUUGUGUUGCGUGUGGUGAAGUUGUGUCGGAAUCGUAAUGUAUACUCGUAUGUUUAACCGAAACAAGUGUGUGAAGGGAUGCAAUGCGGGUGCCUCCGCCCGUUGGCUGAUCGGUUUGGGGAGGAGCGCGGUGACAGGAGGUUGCUGUUUGCUACUGCUACUACUGCUACUGCUGCUGCUGCUGCCGUACGCUUUCGCUUCUGCUGUUCUGGUCGGAUGAGGGGGCAAGAGGAAAUACUGUACGUGCCAUGGGCUGAAGAAUAUGGACUGUGAAACAUUCGUUUUCGCAAGCUCGAAGGAACAUGGAGGGUGGCAAAUGAAAAAGCGUUUUUGCAACUUCCGCCAACCCG